AUGACAUCGCUCCUGGAUGAGAUCAUCGCCAGUCUGCAGUCCCAGCCGGAACCGCCGACUGGACAAAUCCAGACAAUGUACGUGGAGAAGAUCCGGUCUGCAUUUCCUCACGGGGCAGACACAAAAGGACAUCUGACGAUCCUGGUCGGCGCGGGGGCUUCAAUCGGUGCCGUUCAGGCAAGUGAGCUCACCAGCGUCAGCGAGUCCGACAAACAGAAGACCCUGAGCGGACUCAGCUGGGCGGGGCUUCUUCAUGACGGCCUCCUCUAUCUCAAGGAGAAUCACGAGCGAUCCUUUGAUGCAUACGAACAGGCGGAGCUACACAUGUAUACCAAGAUCCUCGAAAGGGUCCUGGGCGGUGCCCCUGCCUCAAUCGGCACUCUACUACGGGCCGCUGCUUUCCUCAAAGCAAAGCUCACUGACCGCGGAAAGUUGGUCGAAUGGCUGGAUACUCGGUUUGCCAAGCUUUAUGACAAGUGGGUGGGUGACCGUCCAAAUCGACUUCUCGAUGCCAUCCGCGAGCUAUCCGACACCGGAGCCAGAAUAAUGACCACCAAUUACGAUGACUUGCUGAGCCGACAUUGUCACGCACAAUCGAUCGUUGCUGCUCAGGCAGGGGAGAUGCAACGAUUCUUCCAGCGGUCGGAUGAGAAAAAACGCAUCCUGCAUAUUCACGGAUUGUGGAGUGAACCAGCUGGGGCCGUGCUUGAUGGUGUGGAUUAUUCCCGCGUCAUCCAGGACGAUCGGCUCAAGAGCUUCUUACAAGCCUGUUUCACGAGUGAUGAGGUUGUCCUCUUUCUAGGAACAGGGAGUGGGUUGAAUGACCCCAACCUUGGCCGGCUUCUAGACUGGGCCAGUGAUAUGUUGCAUCCAGGUCCCAAUGGGCACUUCAUUCUACUUCGAGACGAAGAAGAGAACGAGAGACUAUUCCUCAACGACCUGAGAUAUGGACCCGAAUAUGGAAGCCUUCCUCCGUUCCUUGGCACGCUGAAGAGGGAGAAGAGUCAGAACCAAUCGACGGCGAUACCUUGGCAGUUUCCUGAGGUGUUCCCCUUCAACAAACGCCGCUUUGUUCCGCGAGAAGCACUGCAAACCCAGAUCGAGGAACAGCUCAACGUCAUGAAUGAGCCGAGAGUAUGUGCGUUGCAGGGUAUGGGUGGCAUCGGAAAGACUGAGAUGGCACGCAACGUGGCGCUGGCUUUCAAAGACAAAUGCCAUGUCUUCUGGAUUGAUUGUCGCACACGGACGGGAAUGGACGAGGACUUCCUCGCCAUAGGGCCAGCCCUGAAUCUGGGUACUGGGUUCUGUGACUUUCGCAAUAUCAAGAAUACCAUAGCCAGUCGGGAUGACUGGAUAAUGAUCAUGGACAACGUGGACGAUAAUGAAACUCUGAUCCAUUUGCAGAUGAACAUGAUACCGUCUCCUGUACGAGGGCGCAUUCUGCUCACAGGAAGGGUCACCACAAUCGGAAAUGUCAAGGAUGCUCCAGCACUCAGAUUCCCAAUUAUGAGCGCCACCGAAGCGGAGGCCCUUUUGAGGAAACUGAUGCUAUCUUCGCCGGUUUCAGAGCAAGAAGCACACAAGCUGGUCGAGGUGCUCAAAUACCUCCCCUUGGCUAUUGAGCAGGCGGGUUGUUACAUUCGAGCCACGGGUAGGUCGAUUCAGAACUAUAUGAAGCUGUACGAGGACGAAGGCAUGAAGCCCGUGCUGUUGGCAUGUCGAGUAGCGGACCCCAACGUGCUUCCCAUACUUUCCACCUUCGCAAUGUCUUACCAGAGCCUGUCCUCGGAUGCGCAAAUGUUGCUCAAAGUCCUCGCUUUGAUCGGCCCCGGUGGUGUCAGCGACGAUUUCUUACAACGGUCUGCAGACACGCACCCAUUGGAAAGUUCGCUGGCAAGCUAUUUGAUUCAUGACCACCCCGACACCCCCUUACCGCAGGACCUUUCUUCUCUCCUGAGCAAAUCCCAUCGUCGUGAGGUUGCCAUCGAUUCUCUGGUGGAAGUCGCCCUGCUGCAGCGGGUCGACACAAGACUGAUAAUGCACCCUAUGCAGCUUGAAUGGCUCAAAGCCACCUAUUUGGAGCCCGCUCGGGACAGCAUCUCUCUGCUUGUCUUAGCCAUGGUUGCAAACUUUUUUGCAAGUAUGACCGACCGGGAAUUUGUCCUCCGAAGUAGCUAUGUUUAUUACGCCCGGACAUGCAUUGAGAUCCUCUCCAAGUCUUACACCAACGCACUCGAUGAAGUGACACUGGCGAGGUUGUGCUUCUAUCUGGGCCGAGUCUUCUGGCUCGUCCGGGACGACGUAGCGGCUGCUUAUUUGUAUGAACGCGCCCUGGCAGGAAGUCUGGCGUCGUUGCAACAACCCCACAUCCUAACCUUCUGGACUCGAAAGAAUCUCGGAUUGAUUUAUAUGGAGCACGGUUUUUUCAAGAGUGCCUAUGAGCAAUUGAAAGACGCGUCAAGCCUUCUGCCUGGGAGCUUUGAGAGAGAUCCACUUCCUGAAGCUAUCCUUGUCAGCAAUGCCGGGCGUGUAGCGAGAGAUAAAGUAAGAUCUUCACCACACGGUAAGAUACCAGCCGCGGACUCUUUUCUGGCCUCUUUCCAUACCGAAUCCCAGGCAACGGCAUAUAAAUUGUUGAUGUCCAGCAUUGACAAGAAUGUCGAGCAAGCAAUGGCACGAAACAUGCUCUGGGCAACCGAACCAUCAUCUCUCCCUAUCAGCCGCACGUACGAUUCGGGCUGCCGAUUCUGUCAUGGGGACGAAACAAGGUUGCUGGACCGGGUGAAGCGCAUGUUCCGAGACUCGGAACGUCUUAACCUUGAAAGAUCACUGUGUGCAGUUGAGGUUCACUUGCAAGCAAUAUAUCGCAUCUUACUGGGAGAUGCUUUCGGAGCUGCUUCGCUGUGCCAUCGUGCUGCCAGCAGCGAUUGGAAAAGAAAUGCGGCACAUACGAUUCCCUCCUAUAGCUGGGCCCAAAGGAUGCUCUUCAAAGUCGCCACUUGUGGUGUUCAUACGCGUGUAUUCGAGACCUAUGGGGGCACUGUGUCGCCUGCCUCGGCAAAACUAAGUGAGGUGUUGCUUGAGUGCAGGAUGAGGAAGGACCCAUUUGUCGGAGGUUUUGUCACGCAUUCCUGGAACGGUUUGAUAGAACCCGCCUCCACGAAAGGCCUUGCAGCACUUCUAGACGAGUUCAUCCACCGUGGCACAUUUCUCGGGGAGCUCACACCCUUGUGGAGCCAUUGCCAAUGGUCGAGCUCAUCUUUCCGGACAGGUCUGGCUCCAGUAGCAGACUACGAGUCAGAAGAGGCCAUUGCUGCCUCGUACUUCUACAUGAUAUUCAUCCUGGCAUAUCUGCUUGUAGGACAAAGUCAUCGCGCACUGGAAAUCUUUUGUGAGAAGAUUUUUGAGCCGCAGCAGACGGCCGAGGUCUGUGAAAACAGGCAGUCCCUGGUGGAUAAGCUCCAGAACGUGCGCCAGGUCGAGAAGGUCUAG